AUGUGUGCCGAUGGGGCUGAGAGUGAGCCCAGCAAAGAGAUUGAGGUUUCCACAUUGGAAGGAGACAAGAAGAGAGUAUCUUGUAAAUACCUCCAAGGCAGCACCCGCGUGGAGGAUGGGCCACCAGCAGUGUAUGCUCUGCCACUGAAGCCCGUACAGGAUGCCUCUGGAUCCUGUCUAACAUACCAGCUAGGGAAAGAGAACAUUCAUGCCCCCAACAAAGUGAUUAUGGUGAUGGGGGCAACAGGGUCAGGGAAAACCACUCUCAUCAAUGGAAUGAUCAAUUAUGUCCUGGGUGUGCAAUGGGGAGAUAAAUUCCGAUUCAAACUUAUUCAUGAAAAUACCAACAGAAGCCAAGCUCAAAGCCAAACAUCAGAAGUGACUGCCUACGUUGUCCACCACCACAAGGGUUUCCAAAUCCCCUAUUCCCUCACCAUUAUUGACACUCCAGGAUUUGGAGACACAAGAGGAAUAGAGCAUGACAAGUUGAUAACAAAGCAGAUCCGGGAGUUUUUCUCCUCCCCAGGGGGCACUGAUCAUAUAGAUGCCAUCUGUAUUGUCGUCCAGGCCUCUUCUGCUCGUUUAACUCAUGCCCAGAAAUACGUCUUUGACUCUGUGCUCUCCAUCUUUGGCAAAGAUAUAAAGGACAACAUCCAAGUCCUGAUCACAUUUGCAGAUGGACAGACCCCUCCUGUUCUCGAGGCCAUUAAGGAAGCCAAUGUACCAUGUGCUAAGGAUGCCAAGGGCACCCCUGUGCACUUCAAAUUCAACAAUUCAGCACUGUUUGCCAACAAUCCUGUGGAGCCUGGAGGCAACUUCAAUUUUGAUAAAAUGUUUUGGAAAAUGGGCACCAUGAGCAUGAAGACCUUCUUUGAUUCAUCCCACACGCUAGAAAGCAAGAGCUUAACAUUGACAAAGGAAGUGCUCAGGGAGCGAAAAGAGCUUGAAGCUGCUAUUGAAGGGUUGCAGCCCCAAAUCAAAGCUGGACUGGCCAAGCUGGAAGAACUGAGGAAGACGCAGGAAGCCCUGGACAAGCAUAAGGUUGACGUGGCGGAAAACAGAAACUUUACAUAUGAGGUAGAGGUAACUGUACCAAAGAAGGAGGAUAUAUCUGGCAUGGGAGAAUACAUAACUAAUUGCAUGAAUUGUCACUUCACCUGUCACUAUCCUUGUAGAAUUCCUAGAGAUGAAGAUAAGCGUGGUUGUGCCGCUAUCAAUAAGAGGACAGGAAGAUGCAGAGUCUGUCCGCGCCAGUGUGAGUGGAGUGUGCACUACAAUCAGAAAUACAAAUUUGAAUAUACCACAAAAAAAGAGAGAAGGACCUAUGAAGAACUGAAGCAAAAGUAUGAACGUGCCUCUGGUGAGCUGAUGACCACAGAGAAAUUGCUUGAAAAGCUUAAUGAGGAAUAUGAAGAAGUGAAACACAUCUUAGAAGAGCUUAUCCAGAAAUCAUCUCAAAGCCUCCAGCGCCUUCAGGCGAUUGCACUGAAGCCCAACCCACUCUCUACCCCAGAGUACAUUGAUCUGCUCAUCCUGUCCGAAGAACAGGAGCUGAAGCCUGGAUAUCAGGAGCGAAUCCGGUCCCUGAAGGAAGUGAGGGAAGUAGCUGAGUUAAUACAGAAAAUUGCCAACAAGGAGCCUCUGCUGCCUGGAGAGCAGAAGCUGUAUGGCCAAAUUGAAGUAAAAAAGGCCUCUCGAGGAGGCAAAAUUAGGAAAAUAGGGGAAGCUGUUGCAAACUUUUUUAAAUAA